AUGGAAGACUUUGGAGAGAAUGACGAGAUGGCAGCCAUGAUGGGGUUCUCAUCCUUUGGAGCAAAGAAGCGGAAGUUCGACCAAGCAAAUUCGCCCAAGGCCCAAGAUGGAUACAGCGCCAGCGGUGCCAAUUCGACCGAGCUGGGAGUGCGGACUAAAGCUUCAAGCGAUGAACAGCAAGGCAGCGAGGAUCCUCUCGGUGCUGUGUCUUCUGUGCAACAAACGCCAAAGCCACCCGCACCAGCCAGUGGACUUGCAAGCUUCCUAGCUCGUGGCCAAGCAUUGCCAGAAAAACCAACUAAGCCUACACGGUUUCCGCGGGAAGCCCCAACUGAGGCCGAUCCAUCAGCUUCGGAGACAGUUUCUUUCGGUGGACCUUCCAUCUCCCGAGGCGAGCUUAAUACUCUCAAGUUCGGCAUCAAGAAUGAGAGUGGUGAUGCAGCCUACUUCUUGCCCAGCUUCGUCGAAGACCCAUGGGAAAGGUUGCUUUCGAAUCGAUGA